GGCCAACCCCCAUCCAAGAGCAGUAGAUGCAAACAUUCGACGACGACCGCAGCAGUCAAUUGCUAAACCCCAGAGUGGGCAUGCUAUGGCGUGCGCUAUACGGGAGCACGACGAUGCUGUACCUAGUCCCACUGGAGAAAGUCUCAGGUCAAUCUCAAGCGACUUGAAACUGGCUGGCAACAGUUGGUCAGUGGCACCAUGGACUGCGGCGUAUGUAUACGUCGACAAAACAGCUGAUCGGCCACCUGGUUGGUAGCCUGUUUCCGGGCACCAGAAUAAUUCCUGGCACGUGAAUCGCUUCCUCCUUUGCGCUGGCUGCGCUGGAUCCUCGGCAGCAGCAGCGCCAUUUUCAACAUCUUGCUGGUCACCGAGAAGAGGAGCACCAGACUUACUCUCAUCAGCCGAAGAAGAUCUCAUCUCUGAAGAAUCGAUCUUCUUCAAUGCAUAUUUCGAGCAGUUACCAUCCCAUUUCUCGCUGGUGGAGACAAGACAUGGUACAGCUAACUGCGACAAGACUUGAGGAUAUAGCUAGAAGCAUAAACGAGGUUGUCAACGGAACAGAAACAGAAUCGCACGAAUCCAAAACGAUUAGAAAUAAAAUAGUGGUAAGUCCCCAUAUCAAAUACGUAGAACGGUACUGAAAGCAACGCACAACCGUGUUGUGUCGCUACACUGCGCAUGUACACUACUCUGGCAGACACCGAUGCGUUCUGCGCGCGCGCAGGCAACUGUAAAAGUCAGCCUCCAAAACGCCGUCAAACGUGGACAGAAAUUUUGUUAUAAUGAAGACCACCAUAUUUUUGAUUGAUUUCCUAGGUGUUUUGUCCUUCUGGUUACUCUUCGUAGCAGGCCAAGGGGCAGAGACUGGCAGGACCGACUACGUCCCUCCUGUGCCACUUGAGGAAGCUAAGCCGGUCACAAACGCCGCAGAUGGAGCAGGCUGCUGUGCUGUUGCAUCGGAUGCUUCCAAAACUCAAGCGGAAGCUGAAAAAGAACUCGCAAAAACUCUCAAAAACCUGGUCGAGACAAGAGAUUCCGCGAACACUGUACGCAUCAAGAAUGCAAUAGCGAAGCUUGUGACACAACAGCAGGCAGAGCGACUGGUUUCCAAAGCUGUGGAGGCUAAGGCCAAAAAGGAUGCCGAGGUUGCCGAGGCGGAAGUCCAAGCCCUCGAAAAGGAACUAGCUGCUCUGUGCGAAGCUCAUACGAAAUCCGAGCAAAAAGCCGCCCAGUUAGACGAGCAACUGCUGAAGACCAAGGAAGUCGCGAUUGAAAAGGCGCACAAACUAAGCAAAAGCGUAGAGGCCGAGCUGGAUUUUGUGAAGAGAGAAGUGCAACAGAUACAGUCGGCGCUACCUAAAUUUCGUACACAAGAUGCUGAAGCUGAGAGGAAGGUACACCAGGCCACCGCGGAUAUACAGUUAGACGGAGUGGCAGCAGCCGUAAAGGAAGUGGAAGCUCCCUCUCAGGUGGAGACGGCACAGUUGCAGACAGAAAGAGCAGUAGCUGAGGAGCAGACGGCAGAGACAGACACUCAAGGAAGUGGGAAGAGCUCAUUUAUUUCUGUGCACAAGAGGAAGCACAGGAAACACGCUGGAAAGCUGACACCAUGAGUCGAACAGUGAAGAAUGUCGGGCUGUCACUGUAUGUUUAUCUAAGCAUGUCUUUGUGUGAGGAGACUUUUGAUGGUCGUCAUGGUUAGUUUCGCGUGCCUCGACACAGCCCCUCAAUCAUUAAUCAGAUUCUGUUAACAGUUUGUCGAAGCCAAGAGGGAAAUGUGAUUGGCGACAACACAGUAUGUUCAUAUGACAUAUGAAUGAUCAAACAAAGUUAUGGCAGUUUCGCCUCAAAACGGUGUCGUUCUCUGAUGAGUGACAGAAACAAUCAGACAGCACACAAGAGCAUGACAGCUGUUGG